ACCGGCACUCGAAAGAACUUCACCCGUGGAAUUGUAGUAGUUUUCAAAACAACCGUAGACCGAGAGGUACUUACGAGAAUUUGUGUGUUUUGUGUACGGAAUUGUGAUUUUACACAAUGGAUACGCCGCUCAGGGAACAAGUAAUGAUAAACCAAUUCGUUUUGGCGGCCGGAUGUGCCAGAGAACAGGCAAAACAAAUCUUACAGUCGGCUCAUUGGCAGUUUGAGACUGCACUCAGUAUAUUUUUUCAAGAUGCAGCGUUGCCAAGUUGUCCGCACGGAGCAAAUUCACAUUUCGGUCAGGUGAUGACACCCUGCAAUACUCCGGCGACUCCUCCAAACUUUCCAGACACUCUGCUGGCCUUCUCCAAACUGUCAGCCGGUUCCCCAUCUCAAACGGCCAACCAGACGAUGGUCAACUCAGCGCCGCCCAUUCAAACCAAUCAGCACACCCAAACGGCCCAUCCGCAACGAUAAUGACCAUGGAAGAGACAGCGAUAAGCACGUAGCGUUCUUUUAUUGUCAUCAUCGUCUUGAUUGUAUAAGACUACUAAUAAUAUUAAUGGUGUAAAUUUUCCAAGAAAUAUCCGGGGGACUAUAGUGAAAAUGUGUCGGGGAUAUAUCCAUUUUUUUUUCGAUUUGAAUAUCUCUUAGGACAUUUAAAUAAGUUUCGGAUUGAGAAUGGAGCGGCUAUGAUGGUGAAGUAAGAGAUGAAUUUGGAGGGUUAUUAAGGUUUGGAGGUUUUGAACGAAGUGAUAUAUUAUGAUUUAAUGUUGAGACCAGUGAAAAAUUGAUUUGAUCCUGAAUAGGGAAGGAAUAACAAUAUUAAAUGAGAUUUUGCUUGUUAUUUAUAGUCAAAAAGUGAUUGUUCUAUGUAUAUUUUUUUGAUUGUUAAUGAAAAGGAAAGAAGAGGCAAAAAAUGUUUACAAAAACAAAAAUAUCUCCAAUUCCUGAUUCUAUGUUACAAAGUUGAUAUUACAACAACUGUAAUCUUCAGAUGCUUCAGGUAUUUAUAGUAAUUCGUUCCAGUCAAAUUUUCACAACAAUUUGACUAAAUGAAUUUUUAUGAAUUUAAGUUAACGAUACAUAAAUAUUUGUGGCGGAUUUACUUUGAAAACUGAAACUUAAAAACUAAAUUAAAAUUUCUUACAGCUUUGAAAACGUAGAAAAUUUAAAAUAUAUAAAAAUGGUCAUGCAAAAAAAAACAGUACUUUAGUGUAAAAAUAUGUUUGUUCCAACCGGACGAGAGAACCGUUCUAGAACGGUAAUUUUCUAUCGGUCAAUUCAUUUGUUAAUCUUGACAAACGAUCAAACUUUUCCAACAAUAAGUGGGCGACUAGAAAUUACCGUCCCAGGAUCGGUUCUCGGUCCGGUUGGAACGAACCUAUUAUAUCUGAAUCAUCUCUUAUCUGUGAGGAUAUUUUUAGAAAGAAAAGAUUGAAAAUAUCAAGAAAAAAAAAGUAAUAGGAUGUUUCAGAAUACUGGGUUACACAUGUAUGUAUAAAUGCCUCUCGACACGUUAAAAUAUAUUCAUGAAUAAAUUUUAAAAAAAUUCUGCUAAUGUAAUACCAUCUUAAGAUAUUUUUCAUUAAUAAAACCAGGGAUAAAUAAAACCUUUGUAAACAAAGUCUGUCUAACGAGACAGGGAAUAUUUCGACAGACGACAUCUAAAAAUGUCAGUAAAAAUAAUUUACCUGUGAAUUAAAAUGACAGGCAACUGUCACUGUCACAUUUUCUCAUUAUACAGACUUUAGUUAUAUUACUGAACUUUUUUAUUUAAAAUACGAGUAUUGAAUAUUUUUUAUCAUAAAUUGAUGUUUUAAUGCUCAUAAUGAAUUCAAAUACCGUAUUAUAGCAAAUAAAUAUUUUCAUCCUGAAAACCAAUGACUAAAUAAUUCAAGGGCGCGUAACGCGCAUAUAGGGCUAGAGUAAAAUCUGUGAUGUAAAAUUAAAGGACGCCAUUUUUUUGGUGUCAAACCAAGAAGGUGUCAUCAGGGACAAUUUUAGCGAUUUUUAAUAAUUUGUUGUAUGUAGUGAACUUUCUAUAAACUUUAUUAUAAUGGUGAUCUGUUCAGCUUUCAAGUGUAGAAGCGAGAAGAGAGGGCCAGCAAUUACGUUUCUAGGUAAAUUAACAAAGAAUUAAUUUUCUGCACUCCGCCUUUUUAGAUUUCUGAAGUAAAACUUCUUUACGCGCGAUGGGAGUAAAAAUUCAAGGCCGCGAGACGCGUCGCAAAAGUGGUAAACCAAUGGGGAAUUUCGGAUGGGUCUUAACUCGGGCCCUAUGUGAGCUAGAGGGCUGAAACUCGGAAUACAGUUCCAACCUCUUCCAGCCCCAUCUUUUCAUAAUAGGCAGUUAAAGCACGGUCAAAGACGUAGACAUAAACGUAUCGUUUGACAUGUACGCUUGCGGAGUGAGAAAUUCACUUGCGUUUACGGAUACGUGAUACGUAUCUUUAUGUGCCUUUACGUACAUACAAAACGCAAACGUAUCGAGCCGAAGGAGUUUCAAUUUUCACCCGAAUGAUGCGAACGUACAAAUUCACAAACUCGUUUCCACAACUGGCUGGUUAUUAAGUUAUUUCAUAAAUUUUGGGGUCAGUGUCACAGAACUGGGCCUAUUUUAUUACAAUAAAUUAGUAUGAAAAUAUUAAGCAUCAUAAUAAACUCAUUUUGGAAUCUAUUUAAUUAAAUGCUAGUUCUUAGCUAAAAUCCAUAUGAGGAUUCUAAAAGAUGGAAUCUAAUAAAUAUUCAUAAAACUCUGUCUCUUUUCCAAUAUUAUUUAUUACUAAGAGCAUUUUAAGUUGUAAGGACUACUUUCUGUAAUAAAAUAAUUUCCAUUUAUAAUUUUCUUCAUUUUUCGAACUUUUAUCAAUUUAAUGUGGAAUCAAUGGAAUAAUAGAUAUCCAUUUUCAGUUUUAAAAUUAAAUAGUUUCACAAAAUAAUUUAGAAUUACAAAUGUACCAUUUGCGUUAUGUACGCCAAAAUACUUGCUUUAACUCUUGUUUACACGAGAACGCAAUGGCAGACGUAACGUAGGUUCCUGCGUUACGUGUCGAGAGAUACGUAUACGUAUUGUGCCUUGCUUUAACUGUCUAAUAUUUUAACGUUUCGUGCACUAUGAAACCCCAUCAUCAUUGUGAAAAAAUCGUUCGAUUUAAAUGAAACUUGGUACGUCGAUAGAUUGGACCAAGGCCAACUUGACUGUAUACGACACGUGUGAUUGUCACAGUUAGUUUUGACGUAAGAAACGUCAAAAAUUGAUGUCAUCCGAUCGCGACCAAAUUUGGUGGUUUGGGUUGGGUUGGUUACACGGUCCCAGCCUGCAAAGUUGGAUUACGUUUCGUUUACAUCUUCAUCAGGGUGGUACGGACAGACAGACAGACGAACGCACAGAAGUUUCACUUCAAAUAUGCGCACAUAGUGCACACAUAAUUUUUUUAAAAUCGAAUUGGAUAAUUAUUCUUCUGAUAUUAUAGUAUGAUAUAGCACAUAUUGGGACAUAAUAGUCUGUACUAGUUCUGUACAUUUUGUGAAUUUUUCAAUACAUUUUUCUUUAAAUAAUUGCCAGAACACCAACUUAAAAAGCACCAUCCACCGUAGACGUAGGCAUAACUUUUAUCAAAAAUAUAAAUAAAGAUUAUUCAUAACUAAAUAAGUCAUAAUAAAAUUUCUAACACUAACUAUAAAUUUUAUAAACUCCCAACUCCCCUAUUUUAGUCAACACCCGGUCCCAUUUACAGACUAAUUUUGUGAGCUAAAAAAUUGAAUAACUAAUUUUAUGGCAGACAUGGAAAAAAUAAAAUUAAAAACUAUCGAAUAAUAACUUAGAAGGAAUAUUUGUGAAACAGUUGAAAUUGCAAUUUUUACUUACUUUUGCAUUUUUUAUAUUUAACCCUUUGGCACGGUAAUAAUUUGGUUUCUGGUGUUAUUGGUCCUUGUGUUCUUUAGUCAUCACUUAAAACAACACGAUCUUUUGAAGUCUCUUUUAUAAUAAUUCAAAUAUUCUUUUUUAUUUUUCUUUAUUAAAAAAACUGUUUUAUAUUCUUUGUUAUCUACAUUUUAAUGAAAUAUAUAAUAUAUAGGUACUUUUAAAUAUAUUUAAUCAUUUUUUAAAGACAAUUUUGGGAAUUAUAAAUAUAAAUAUUUUAUUGAAUGAAUGGAACAUUAAAUUUAAAUGUAUUUUUCAAUGUAUAACAUACAAAAAAAUGUAUUCUCAUCGUAUUGUGUUGAAAAAUUUAUAUUAACAUACAGGUGUAAUUGCAGUGAUAUUUAUAUAUGUUAUAAUACUAACAGAAAAACCAGUAAGAGUAAAGAAAAACUCUCUUUUAAUCUGGUUUCAUAUAACCUUCAAAUAAAACCUGAGAAACCAUUCAAGUAGAUUCUAAAUGUAAGAUUUCUUUUUGUAUAUAAUUGUAUUAAGACAUUUUUUCCUAAAUAUAUUAAUAUUUAUUUUUAAGGCGAAGCUAUUUGAAUGGGAUAGAGAAAAUAUUGUAACAGAUAUUUUUUUAGGUAAGUUGAAAUGAAAAUAGGAUAGGUUAUAAUUUAAUAGUGAGAGUUUAAAAAAGAAGCAGGUAAGAAAAAUAAAAGGUGCUUAUGGCUAAUUUAAAUUUUGUAUAUUUCCGACAAACAAAGAUCGAAAUUUGUUUUUGUAUAUAUUAGUUUUUAAGUUUAUUCGAUGAAAACUGUUGUUGCUUUUUCCUUCUGUUCUUCUGAUGUAGUCCAUGAAUUAAUAAAUAAAAAAAUCAAUGAUGUAAGAAAU